CAACAGGUAAAACUCAUUGAUUCUUUGCGUGUAAUUUUCGAUACAGAGUCGUUGAUUUUUGAGUUUUUCUGGUCCAAUUCAAUGAGAUUGAAUUGAACUUUGAUCUAAUGGAGAAGAAACAACAAAUUUCGAUAUUCACAACCGCAAGUCUGCCAUGGAUGACCGGAACAGCUAUAAACCCUUUGUUCCGGGCGGCUUAUCUAGCAAGUCAUGAUGAGGAGAGGAAGGUGACUCUGGUGCUUCCAUGGUUGUCUUUGCAAGAUCAAGAACAUGUUUAUCCUGACAAUAUCACAUUCAAUUUGCCUUCGGAGCAAGAGAUAUAUGUGCGUCGGUGGCUAGAGGAACGGACUGGAUUUCCAUCUACUCCUUUCAACAUUCGAUUUUAUCCAGGAAAGUUUUCAACAGACAAAAGGAGUAUUCUUGCUGUUGGGGAUAUCACAGAAAUUAUCCCUGAUGAAGAGGCAGAUGUUGCUGUCCUCGAGGAACCUGAACAUCUUACAUGGUAUCACCAUGGCAAAAGAUGGAAAACAAAAUUCCGCCUGGUUGUAGGAGUUGUUCACACCAAUUAUUUGGAAUAUGUGAAGAGAGAAAAGAAUGGACGAUUGCAGGCAUUUUUUCUGAAGCACAUCAACAGUUGGGUUGUUACCAUAUAUUGCCACAAGGUGAUUCGUUUAUCUGCUGCUACCCAAGAUCUUCCAAGAUCUAUUAUUUGUAAUGUUCAUGGAGUCAAUCCCAGGUUCAUUGAGAUUGGAAAGAAAAAGAAUGAACAACAGCAGAAUGGAAACCAAGCCUACACAAAAGGUGCCUAUUACAUUGGCAAGAUGAUAUGGAGUAAAGGCUACAAGGAGCUACUUAAUCUUCUUCAUGAUCAUCAGAAGGAUCUGACUGGGCUUGAGGUUGAUCUAUAUGGGAAUGGGGAGGACUCUGCUGGAGUUAAGGAUGCUGCAAGUAAAUUGGAAUUAACAGUUAGGGUUCAUCCUGGCUGUGACCAUGCCGACCCUUUAUUUCAUGACUAUAAAGUGUUCCUAAAUCCAAGCACCACAGAUGUGGUAUGCACUACCUCAGCAGAAGCAUUGGCAAUGGGCAAACUAGUGGUAUGCGCGAAUCAUCCUUCAAAUGAAUUCUUCAAGCAGUUCCCAAAUUGCCGAACAUAUGACAAUGGAAAGGAGUUUGUUGAAGCUACGCGCAAGGCAUUGACCGAGGAGCCUGCCCCUUUGACCGAUACACAAAGACAUGAGCUUUCAUGGGAGGCCGCAACAGAGAGGUUUAUAAAAGCUGCUGAGUUGGACCAGGCACCACCAACUGCUGAGCUGGACCAGGCACCUCCAAAGCGAGUGCUGAAUAAGAUCCCUUCAAAGCUUUUUGCGUCAGCAUCUAUGAAUUUGAGGAGCAACAUGGAAGAUGCAUCGGCGUAUGUGCAUUAUGUUGGAACUGGGUUUGUGGGUUCGCAACCAGACGAAGAUCAAUGCAAGCAGCUAGGUUUGGCGGUCCCUUCGCGGAGACGCAUAUCUCGACGAUGAUUGUAUUGAUGCUCAUUUUGUUAGAUCAAUCUCAGGACACUUUGAUGAAUGGCCUACCAAAAUGCUGCCACUGGUGGAUUGGGUUUCUUUUGUUCACUUCUGUGGUGUAGUCUAAAAUUGGAAAUUAUACAACGAGGGUAGGGACUCUUUGACUUUUUUAUGUAUAUUUUUAUUCAAAAUUAAAUAGAUAUUAUAUGGAUAAAUUUUAUUUCCACAAACACGUUACGUGUUUUUUACCUA